ACAGCACCGCGAGAGCGAGUGAGCGACUCGAGACUUGUGCAUGGCGUAUUCUGCUUCUCCUGGAACUGCAGUUUAACAACAAGUGCCAUGCAGAACAUCAGGCAUUGCCAAAGUCUUCUUAUCAGGAGUAAAAGUUUGAAGUUUUCGAACAGUGUUGUCCCAUCAGUAUCUGUUUGGGAUGGGCGUCUCUCUCACCGUUGGCAGAGUUCUGGAAGUCAUCAGCGGCAGGAAUCUCACAAUGAAAGAAUCUCAAAGUACAGAUUUGCUCUGGCAGGACUGUUGGCAGGUGCUGGAGCGGUUCUCGCAUAUAAUCUUCAUGAUGGCAAGCCGGAGCGUGCGGAUACCUCAGGACAGCUACCAGUACCUGACACCUCAUCUUUUCCAGUUUACAGCCUAGAAGAAGUAUCAAAGCAUCGUUCCCUUGACCACGGCGUGUGGGUCACCUAUAAAGGUGAAAUCUUUGAUAUCACAGAUUUUGUAGCCCUGCAUCCUGGUGGUGAUAAAAUACUUCUGGCUGCGGGCGGAGCUCUCGAACCCUACUGGGCUUUAUAUGCGGUUCAUCAGCAAGACCAGAUUGUGAAAAUCCUCUCUGAAUAUAAAAUCGGUGUGCUUAAUACAGAGAGUUGCAGAGAGCAAGAGAAGGCCAACUCUUCAGACCCUUACUGUGCCGAGCCCACGCGUCACCCCGCGCUUCAGAUCAACAGUCUGAAACCUUUCAACGCUGAGCCCCCUGCUUCUAUACUGACAGACAAUUACAUCACCCCCUCCGCCAUAUUUUUUAAGCGUAAUCAUCUUCCGGUGCCCAAGGUGGAUCCUGAAACGUACAAGUUGGAGAUCGAGGGUCUUCCUGGUGGAGUCGUUGCACUGACGCUGAAUGAGCUCAAGUCUCGUUUUCCCAAACACACGAUUACAGCGACGCUUCAGUGUGCCGGUAAUCGUCGCUCUGACAUGAACAAAGUCAAGCAUGUCAAAGGACUCAAUUGGGGCGUGGCAGCAAUAGGUAAUGCUACAUGGUCCGGCGCGCGUCUGAGGGAUGUGCUCCUGUAUUAUGGCUUCGGACCAGAGGUUGAGGCAAAGGCUCGACACGUUCAGUUCGAAGGGCUAGACCGAGAUGUGACGGGUGUGGCGUACGGCGCGUCUAUUCCGCUCAACAAGGCGCUGAGUGAAGAAGGUGAUGUUAUUAUUGCGUAUGAAAUGAACGGAGAGGACCUCCCCGCCGAUCACGGCUACCCUGCUCGAGUGAUUGCACCUGGAAUUGUCGGAGCACGUAAUGUCAAAUGGUUGGGAAAGAUUGUUGUAAGUGAUGAAGAAAGCGAGAGUCACUGGCAGCAAAAUGACUACAAAGGCUUUUCUCCAAGUACUGACUGGGACACCGUAGACUUUAAAUCAGCUCCAGCCAUCCAGGAACUCCCCGUACAGUCAGCUAUCACUCAUCCGGCUGAGGGAGUGUCUGUAGACCCCAGUGCCGGUGAGGUGACUGUUAAAGGAUACGCAUGGAGUGGUGGAGGACGGGAGGUUGUCAGAGUAGAUGUCUCAGUAGAUGGUGGGAACACAUGGCAUGUAGCUAAACUCAGGAGCGGUGAUGAGGAGCAGAAGGACACUGCGCUCCCACCUCCUCCACCAGGAAGAGCCUGGGCUUGGAAAUUAUGGGAGCUCGACAUCCCGCUGCCUGAUAAGGCAACGGAGCUGGAGAUUGUUUGCAAAGCAGUGGACUGUAGUUACAAUGUACAGCCGGACAGUGUUGCCCCAAUCUGGAACUUAAGAGGUGUGCUUAGUAACGCAUGGCAUCGGGUAAAAGUCAAAGUGAGUGACAAAGAUUAAAUGAAGUAUUAAAAAAUAGGAAACCUCUUAUAUCAAUCUUAUAUCGGACUUCGAUCGGUUCUUUAUUGCUGAUUGAUCUUCAGCUUUGUUCUUUCGUGCAAAGUUUUUUUAUAUACGAUUGCACCUUUGAGUAGGAAUAAUAAAUGCUUUCUUAAUGCAUAUUGACAUAUUACUAAAGCCAUUUCAGAGUUAUACCUUGGCAAUAAAUUAUGCUUUUUUGGACCUCAGUAUAGACGAUUUCAUGGGACGCACGCACAUUGUCGUAGCUACGCUUCCUGAGGGAACUUAACUUCCGGUCUCUGUUUGUUAGUGGCUAAACUGAACUCUGAAACAAAUACCUCGUAGAUUAUGCAUACAAUGUUGUUUAUUUAGCUUGUUAUCAGAAAUAAAUUACUCUAAGGGACUUAGAUUUUUUGCGAAGUUUACUGGAAGUUAUGUUUGUUCCACAAAAGUCGUUUGUUUAUGUUGUUACUGCUGAAACCGUCUAUACAUAAAGUAAGACACAUAUCACCCUAAACCACCAGAGGGUGCCAUUGCUCACCAACUUAUUUGAAGUAGCGUGGCACUCAGGCACGUGCACACAUAGACAUCAAAGGGGGCUUGAGCACCUGCCCUUUUUAUUCCUGGAGAGAAAGUGCCCUUUUUUCUCGGGGGCUUUUUAAAAAUAAUAAUAAUAAUAUGAUCUUUAUUCAUAUAACAACUGAUGUCUGUCUGUUUCUUGUGUUUUUUACUUGUUGCUUAUUUAAUUUAACAUGAAUUUAUUCAGAAAUCAUUUAAAUGAGAUUUAAACUCUUAUAUAAAGAAAAAUAGCGCUAUUUGUGGCACACAAACGGUUAACAGGAGUCCCGCCUCCAAAAUUCACAUCGCUAAUAUGAUUGGCUUUACCUUUCCUUAGUCCCGCCUCUCUAACUUACUUCGCUUUAUGAUUGGUCUGUCUACACUCGUGCUGCAUCAUUCGCGCUUCAAGCGCCAAAGCUCAGCCUGAACGAGACGCGAUCAUGUGCAUGAUUAUGCAGGCAGCUACCGGUAAGUGUGUGAGGAAGAAAGCAUUCUUAUAUUAACAGUUUUAUGCACAAAAUAUGGGACACGUUGUUACACAUAACGAUUCAGGGACAUUGUUUUCCACGGCAAUCCCAAAUUAACCUGAAGAGUUGCAAACUUGUAUCCGUAUAGUGUAUGUAGUUUAAACAGACUGCUCAUAAAAUAAUAAAGCACAAACAAUAAAAUAAUUGCUAACUACAGUAGUAAGCUUUUUUGUUUGCGUUUUUUGUAAUGGCUGUUAAAUAAUUAUAAUGUGUUAUACUGGAGUGCUGGAGUAGAUUGGGAAGAAAUCUGAUGGUUCAGUAUUUUACUUGCCCAGUCUGAAUUUUCACUGACAUCACAAAAAAGUAAAAUAUAAAAUACAAAUAAAAUAGGCCUAACCUAUAUUUGUUGUUUCUGACAUGUGUAACCCUAAUAAAUAUGAAACCUAAGAUUAAAGGUGCCAUAGGAUGUGUUGUCAUAAUAUGUUAAAUUGUUCUUUGACAAUUACAUAGAAGGUAUGUGGCUUUAUUAAGUGCAAAAAUUAUCCAGAAACGUUUUUACAUGUCUAUUUACAACCCUAGAAUUUUUGCCCUAUUUGAAAGGGUCAUGAAUAAUAAUGUUGAGCUCUGCUCUGAGGCUCAUGCCAGAAGCUCAAAUUAGUAAACAGACCUUAUAUUUUGAGCCCUUAUCAGACAAAAAUACAUUUUGAGUAACAACUAACAACUAAUCAGCUAAACGCUAGCAUAUGAUAUAGCAUUUAUUGGCAUGUAGCGCUAACUCAGCAGUCACAACUUUGUUUUUAGCAUUUUAACAAAUUUGUAAUUAAUGUGUAAUUUAAUGUUUUCAAAACAUGCACAUUGUGUAAUGGCUUCCUUUGCUGCUCUAUAAACCUAGACUACUAAGGAGACCAUGGUGUCUGUGUGAACUGAUUAUUUUGUAGACAUCUUUUGAAAAUUAAACAAUUGGGUGAGUUUGAGAAAGAUAAAAUUAAUUAACUUUUUUAAUAUUUUUUUUUAAAAAGGAAGUCAGAAUUGCGUUAAUAUAUAUUCUUUUUGUUUAAAAAAAAUAAAAAUAUAUACAUAAUUAUGAGAAGUGCCCUUUAUUUCACUUGAGCCCCUGCCCCUCAAAAUGUCUGUGCACGUCCCUGGUGGCACUAUAUAGAGUAAACAUCAGUGGCGGCUCGUGACUGCUCAUCCGAGGGGCACAAAUUCAAAAUAAGUGUUCGGAGUGUCGUAUGUUGCUUGCGUUUUGAAAAUAUGUGUUUGUUGCGUCAUGUGAACAAUGUGCAUCACGUGUUUUGUCAAAAUAAGUGCCUGCUGCACACGCGUCAAAACUGUAUACGAUGAAAGAGACGUUUACGUUCACAAAAUACACGCAAGACACUCCCUUAACAGUAAGCUUUGAUUACGCGUGAGAUUAUGCGAGUAUCUGGCAAACACGAGCGUCUCUUUUAUCAUAAACCCUUUAGACGCAUCUUCAACAGGCCUAUAUUUUGACAAUACACGUGAUGCACACACAAUCUCUCGAAGCGCAGAACACAUUUUGAAAAAAGGAACCACAAACAUGAUGGGCUACAUACAUGUUGUGACAAACUUCGCAUCGAGCGCCCUCGAAAAAGAAGUCACCGGCCAAUACUGCUAAAUAUGAUGGUAAAUAAAGUUUUUCAUUACUGUUUGGGACUUGGACAUCAUGCAGUGUGGCAGCUAAUACGUGUACUGGUCUUCAUGUGGCAUAUAUAAUGGGAUCAGUACCAUGAGAGUGAAACAGAUGUGUUUGAAUGUAUAGGAAAUGCAAAACUGUUAGUCAUGCAAGCUGAAUUGUGUCAGUGUUUAAAAAGCACAUUUUGUCAUUAUUACCACUAGAGGUCGCAAAACAAUAACAAAGGCUUAGCUUGAUGGGAGUCUUUACCUUCACCUCCGCCAAUGAUAAUCCUUCCAACAGGACUCACAAAUCAUGUUCAUGGAUGAUGUCAUGAAAUGAAGUGUUUUUUUUAGUAUUUUUUUAUGUUAUUAUGUAAUCCGAAUAGAGUAGCAUGCUAGACAAUAACAACUACUUUCACAGUUUUUAAUGCAUGCCAUGUGUUCCUGACAGAGAGUAAUUUGACAGUAAUGCUGUUAAAUGGUUCUUGCGAUACCUUGAAAUGUGAAAAUCUUACAUAUUGUGCCAAGAUAUUUUCAAGUAAUUUUUAUUUUAUUUUAUAAAAUUAUCAGUGCACCUUGUAUACUGAAUACCAUUUUAAUAAAUACUAAUGUUUAUAAAAUCAA